AUGUCUUUGAAUUCUUGUGAAUAAUAACUGGAUUUAGAUGAUUCUUGUGAAUCUCCUUUCUCAUAAUCACCUAAAUCCAAAAGAAUAAAGAAGUUUGAAUUGAUUUCCCCUAAAAAAAAUGUUGGCCAUUGGACGAAGGAAGAACAUGAAAAAUAUUUGUACUUCCUAGAGGAUCAUUCUGACAUAAAGAAAAAUAAUAAAAUAUUCAAGUCAAUGAGCGAGGUUAUUGGAACUCGAUCACCCAGUCAAUGCAGAUCACAUCACUAAAAGUUUAACCCCUAAUCGCCAUUAGUUCAGAGAAAGACUUAAAAAGUGUAAAAACAAACUUAGUCAACUUUAUAAGACGAUUUAAACUUGUAAAUGGAUGAAGAAUCUCUCAAUAGAAAUAUGGUCCAACUUAUGAUCUAUGAUGAAGAUGAUUAAGUCUACUAAACUCCAUAAUUUAAUUUAGAUGAUUUCUUUUGAAUUUAUUUCAUGCAAAAAACAUGUACAAGUUGUUUAAAAUAGCUUGCAA